AUGGAGCUCCUCUCUCGCACCGUACUUGGUGCUGUGUCAUUGUCUCUUGCUUUUGCCGGCUCCGCCUCGGCAUUGGAGCCUUUCCGCAAGCCCACCAUUGCAACCGCGAGUGGCAAUGGUGCAACCCUUCUUGCGUCCCGUGGCUCUUCUGUGAGCAUUCACGCCGAUGCCGCCGACUGGCCUGGUGUUUUGCGUGCGGCGCAUGACCUCGCCAUCGACUUUGGCCGUGUCACUGGCACAAAUGGCACACUGACGGCUUCCGGUACACCAACAGCGAAUGCUUCCAUGAUCUUCAAUGUCACUGGCAUCAGCGAGGACUGGAGUGUUAGUGGCAGCAAGGCCGCCAACUCUUCUUCCGCUGGAACAAUUAUUGUCGGCACCAUUGGCAACUCAAGUCUGAUUGAUGACUUGAUUGCAAGUGGCAAGCUCGAUGUCAGUGGGGUCAAAGGUCAAUGGGAGGCGUACGUCAGUGCCGUUGUGCAGAACGCCGGCAACAUGAGUGGUGAAGCGCUUGUCAUUGCCGGCAGCGACCGACGUGGUGCCAUCUACGGUAUUUACGACCUCUCAGAGCAAAUUGGUGUCUCGCCAUGGCACUGGUUUGCCGAUGUGCCCGCCAAGAAACACGACUCUAUUUACAUGCUCAAAACCACAAAGGUUCAGAAAAGCCCGUCUGUCAAGUACCGUGGUUUCUUCAUCAACGACGAAGCGCCCGCUUUGACCGGCUGGGCGAACGUCCGCUACCCGAUUUCUCCCUACGGCGCACCCUUCGGAGCCCAGUUCUACUCCAGGGUCUUUGAGCUGCUGCUCAGGUCAAAGGCCAACUACCUCUGGCCGGCCAUGUGGAAUGGCAUGUUCAAUGUCGACGACCCGCGCAACCAGCCAUUGGCUGACGAGUACGCCAUCGUUAUGGGUACAUCGCACACUGAGCCGAUGGUGCGCGCUACACAGGAAUGGAGCAAGGUGGCCAAGGGCUCGGAAUCAGGCUGGUCAUGGGCGACCAACAACAAGACUCUGUACAACUUUUUCAUGGAGGGUGCCCAGCGCGCUGCUCCCUAUGAGAAUGUUGUUACAGUCGGCAUGCGAGGAUAUCACGACACGGCCAUGUCGGCAGAUGUACAGACCAGCGUACUCGAGGCCGUCGUCGACGCACAGGAGGAAAUCCUCGACAAGGUCUACGGCAACGCGUCUGAGGUUCCCCAGAUGUGGUGCUUGUACAAGGAAGUGCAGGACUAUUUCGAGGCGGGCAUGAAAGUUCCCGACUGGGUUACCCUCCUCUGGACUGAAGACAACUGGCAGAACAUUCGCCGCCUUCCUGUCGGCGAUGAGAAGAAGCGAUCUGGUGGUGCCGGUGUUUACUACCACUUUGACUACGUUGGUGACUCGCGAAACUACAAGUGGCAGGACACGAUCCAGCUUCAGAAGACGUACGACCAAAUGAGGCUGGCCAAGGACCGUGACGCUGACCGCAUCUGGAUCGUCAACAUUGGCGACAUCAAGCCUGCGGAAAUCGCCAUCAGUCACUGGUUUGACAUUGCUUACGAUAUCGACGCUUAUGACGAGACCUCCGUCCCCGAGUGGCUCACUGGCUAUGCUGCUCGCAACUUUGAUGAGGAGCACGCCCAAACCAUCUCGGACAUCUUGGACGAGUACGGCAUGCUGUCCAACAUGCGCAAGUUCGAAUGGGUCGAGCCGUCUUCCUAUAGUGUGCUCAACUACGAGGAGGCUGACCACAUCCUUGCUCGCUGGGAGGCCCUUGCCGCCAAGGCCAAUGCCGUCAACGACGCUCUUCCCGCUGAGCAACGACCUGCAUACUACGAAAUUGUUCUCCACCGUGUGCUCGCUGGUGGCAACCAUGUCGCCAUCCAAGUGGCUGGAGCCAGGAACAAGAUCUACGCGCAAAUGGGACGCAACAGCGCCAAUGCCUGGAUGCAGCGUGUUAUUGAUGGCAUGAUGAUUGAUUACAAACUGACCAAGCUGUACCACACACAGCUCAACGGAAAGUGGAACCACAUGAUGGACCAGACCCAUCUGGGAUACCAAGGAUACUGGCAACAGCCAAUGCGUCAAUCGACACCAGACCUCCGCUGGGUACAGAUAUUCGAGCGCUCGCUAGCAGGCGACAUGGGGAUUUCGGUAGAGGGCUCCAACGCCACCAUCCCUGGUGACGAUCAGUACCACAGCAACGGCGGGUCUUCUCUGCCCCUGCCCAACAUGACUCCCUUCACGCCCAAGCGGUGGAUCGAAAUCUCGCAUCGUGGCACUGGCGACUUCUCGUGGAACAUCAGCGCCGAUCCUUUUAUCACGCUCUCCCAGGCAAAAGGCACCAUGAAGCCCAGCGACCCAGACGUCCGCGUCUACGUCGACGUCGACUGGAGCAAGCUCGACACGGGAUUCGGCGCAAAGAGCACCCUCAACUUUAGCGCUUCCACAAACUUUGGCACCCAAGGCGGCAAGCCUCAAGUCACGUUUAUGGUAAACAAGACAUCUGUUCCCGCCGACUUUACCGCGGGCUUCGUCGAAUCCGCAGGCCAGCUUGCAUUUGAAGCCGAGCACUACACGCGCACGACGCGCGGAUCGGCAAACGUGUCGUACAUGGUUCUGCCCAAGUACGGGCGCACGCUGUCUGCCGUGAAGCUCGCCGACAAUCUCGCCGAGGGCCUCGACGCGGCGAGCGCGCCGAGCCUCGAAUACGACUUUGUCACUUUCACGCCGCUGACCAAGGACACGGGGCUCAACGUCACGCUCAUCCUCACGCCUACACACAACAUCAAUCCCAAGAUGCCGCUCGCAUAUAUUGCGCAGGUCGACGACGGACAGCAAAUCCGCCGCCAGUACGUUAUCGAUCAGAAACAGCCGAAUUUUCCCGUCGGCUGGGGCGUUGCGGUCGCGGAUAGCGCUUGGUACAACACAACGAACCACGGGGCCCUGGCGCCGGGCAAGCAUACGCUCAAGCUGUGGCUCGUAGAGGCAAACGUCGUGCUGCAGAAGGUGGUGCUGGAUCUGGGCGGCGUGGUCAAGAGCCAUAAUGGCCCGCCUGAGAGCUACCGUAUUGGUGGUGGUAGUAGUAGUAGUAAUUCUACGCUGCAUAGAUAG